UUUUCCGCGGCUCGGCCGCCGGGCUCCGCAGCUGGUCCGCUGGCGAUGGAGCCGACGGCUAGCUGGACGCUUUGGCUCGGGGUUCAAAAUGGAAAGUAUUUAUUGACCAAAUUAACAGGUCUUUGGAGAAUUACGAACCAUGUUCAAGUCAAAACUGCAGCUGCUACCAUGGUAUCAUAGAAGAGGAUCUGACUCCUUUCCGAGCAGGCAUCUCCAGGAAGACGAUGGCGGAGGUGGUCAGACGGAAGCUUGGGACCCACUACCAGAUCGUUAAGAACAGAUUAUACCGAGAAAACGACUGCAUGUUCCCCUCAAGGUGUAGCGGGGUCGAGCACUUUAUUUUGGAAGUCAUCGGGCGCCUGCCUGACAUGGAGAUGGUGAUCAACGUACGAGAUUAUCCUCAGGUUCCUAAAUGGAUGGAGCCGGCCAUCCCAGUCUUCUCCUUCAGUAAGACGUCAGAGUACCACGAUAUUAUGUAUCCUGCUUGGACAUUUUGGGAAGGGGGACCCGCUGUUUGGCCAAUUUACCCUACAGGUCUUGGACGGUGGGACCUCUUCAGAGAAGACCUGUUAAGAUCAGCAGCACAGUGGCCGUGGAAAAAGAAAAAUUCUACAGCGUAUUUCCGAGGAUCAAGGACGAGUCCAGAACGAGAUCCUCUCAUUCUUCUAUCUCGGAAAAAUCCAAAACUUGUUGAUGCAGAAUACACCAAAAACCAGGCCUGGAAGUCUAUGAAAGAUACCUUGGGAAAGCCAGCUGCUAAGGACGUCCACCUUGUGGAUCACUGCAAAUACAAGUACCUGUUUAACUUUCGGGGUGUCGCUGCAAGUUUUCGGUUCAAACACCUCUUCCUGUGUGGUUCCCUCGUUUUCCAUGUUGGUGACGAGUGGCUGGAAUUCUUCUAUCCCCAGCUGAAGCCAUGGGUUCACUAUAUCCCAGUCAAGACCGAUCUAUCCAAUGUCCAGGAACUGUUGCAGUUUGUAAAAGCAAAUGAUGAUGUAGCUCGAGAAAUCGCUGAAAGGGGAAGCCAGUUUAUUAUGAAUCACUUGCAGAUGGAUGAUAUCACCUGUUACUGGGAGAGCCUCUUGACGGAAUACUCUAAAUUCCUGUCUUACAAUGUGACGAGAAGGAAGGGCUAUGAUCAGAUCACUCCCAAAAUUUUGAAAACUGAACUCUAGUUGUCAUCACAGGGACCAUGGUCUUCCCUAUGGCCACAGAUCUCAGAUAUCACGCUUACCAUAAGCGUGGCAUCACCUGACUAUCUUGUAUCAAGCCAAAUAUCUGGUUUUCCUUUUCAUGCUGCACCCAGAGCAACUCUUGAGAAAGAGCCAAAAUGUGUCUAAUACACGGAGAUGAAGCAACUCAACUCUGGCUGAAGAAGGACUAGGAACCAUGAGAUAAUGGAUUUGGGACUCGGUUCUACCUUUCAUUUCUGAGGACCGAUCACAGCAUGUGCCUCUGACCAUCCACAUGCAUUACGUCCAUCACCGUGAAAUUGAUUCUGUUUAUGUGACGAUGCUCUUUGUCCCAUUACGUGGAGCAGAAAAUUCAUCAUUUGGAACUUGUACAACUUAUCACUGCAGUUCUGAAGUUACUCUAGGCUUGAUUUCGGUUGCUUUAUUUUAAUGUGGAAAACUUUAAGGUUUGCGAAAAAUACUUGGAUAUCAUGUCCUGGAGGGUCUAAGGAAGCAUUGGCUGUGCCAUGUGAUGAUGUAAAAAUUCUGUUUUAUAAAAGUGUAAACUUCAAUACUCAGGAGGCUUCUAUAAUGCCACCUAGAUAGGGGCCAGUUGUAGAAGUAAUUACUGCAAUUAGAGUUCAUCUUCCCCUUUCGUGCCUUUAUGCCCUUCUUUUUGUCUUUGUAAAGGGGAAAAAAAAAAAGACAAAAACCUCUUAAUACAUUUAGAGAACAACGCUUUUAAAAAAAAAAGAAAAAGAAAGAAACUGUGCAUGAAACAGCAACUCUUCCUUACCCUUUGCACAUCUUUAAUGUUUUUCCUUAAAUUCGCAGCAGCAGGCAUCAUCCAUGUUCUCCGUGUCUCACAGGGACCACAAGGAAUCUUCAUUUGUGAACAUAUUAGUAAUUUGUCUGUAAUGGUCAGAAUACACAUGUGUUCACCAGAGAAAAAGCAUCCCACCAACAAGACAUGGUCCUGCUGCAACCCUAUUUCCUCCAUUUCUCUUUCCCAUCAGGAUUUUGGGUGCACACAUGCACACACAUAUUUUUCAAGCCUUCAGGGACAGAAUUCAGACCGUAGUCAGUCAUGGCUUCUGAUGCACAGUGCGUAACUGCCACAGAGCCAGCCUUGGACAUGUCGCUAAGUUGGUAGUUUAGGGCAUUCAACUUGAAUACUUAAUUAUAGAGGAGAUAUCUGUCUUAGCACAAAUCCAUAUUGGAUCCUGUCUUGUCUUUGUUCCCUUUUUGAAAAAGACACUCGGGUAGUAGUUUAAUCUCUCAGGGUAUUCUCCCUACCUAGUCAAAAAUGAAAACAGUUUAGAUUGAAACCCUGUGGUCUGAUGACUUAGAACCUCUUUGUCUCUUAGGCCAACCUCUCUGCAGAGAAA